AUCACAGGUGUUAUCCUUCUCGCAGUUGGCGUCUGGGGCAAGCUCACCCUUGGCACGUACAUCUCUCUCAUUGCUGAGAACUCCACCAAUGCCCCCUAUGUACUCAUCGGGACGGGUACCACAAUCAUUGUCUUUGGACUUUUUGGCUGCUUUGCCACUUGUCGUGGCAGCCCAUGGAUGCUGAAACUGUAUGCCAUGUUCUUGUCUCUGGUGUUCCUGGCUGAGCUAGUGGCUGGCAUUUCAGGCUUUGUGUUUCGCCACGAG